CGCAGGUGCAAAUGUUCAAAUGACGCUACGCAAACGCAACAGCAGCCACAUCAGUCUACGAGAGAGUAUACGAAAUGGCAUACGCAACAAGUAUCGGCUUCUUCACAUAAAGAUGAUACGUUGACGAGUGAAAGAACAGAGCAGGUUGCGAGUAAAUCUGAUAUAAUAAUAAAGUCCUUUAAUAAUUCAGGUAGAGGUGUCUUAUAGCGCAAGCAAAAAGGCAAUUUCAGGAUCUAAUUUGCUGCAAAAAUUACUUAUUUUGUCAACUUCUCAGUUUACUUCUCAAUUACUUCGCUCGCAUUUUGGAAAGGCCUAAUCUUGAAUUUCGCGGUAUUAAUGUUAUCGUUAUCGUUAUGCUGUUAAAUGACGAUUUUCAUUGAAGAUUCCGUGAAUACAACCGAUAAGGAAGUAACGACACUUAUGACAGAAUCCAUCACUCCUAGCACUCUAUACAUGACAUCUACCAAGAGAUAUCCAUCAAAUCUUCAUGUAGACCCAGUGUAUGUUCAUUUUUACAAUUUAUGUAACGGAAUUUGCAAAACAACCAGAAAUAUUUACAAAAAAAAACAUACAAAAAAUAAAAAACUGGAAAUUGCAAAUUUAUCUAUGUUCAAUUAAUAAUAGCUACAAAGGAAAGGUCGAAAUAAUAGAUGCAAGAGAAGAUACGAAACAAACAGACGAUGAAGCGUCAGCGCGAGACGGUGACCGGAUUCUCGCGAGAGAAACAAUCGCGACGAUUGCAACAGCUGAGAAAUCCAAAAGAGAUUUAAUGAGCGUCAAGCCCGUGGCGGAACAACUGAGAGUGAACACUUUAGUGACUUUGCAGGAAGAAGAAACUCGAGAAGAAAAUAUUGCGGGACACGAAUCAUUGAUAGAUAAAGAGAAGAUCGAAAAGGGAGAAACAUCAAUCAAAGAAGAGGAAUAUAACGACAGCCUAGUUGAAAGGAGUAAAGGAGGAGGAGGAGAAGAAGGAAUCAGAAUGUGGCAGCAGUUUAUGUGCAUAACGGAACAGGGAAACAUGGCGAAGAUAAAACAGUCGCCGAGGCCUUCCGUUUCCACACAAAUGAGCACUACGCAGAUCAUAUCGCCGACUCGUAGGGUCAGUAGGACGUCUAAAACGUUUCCGCAUUUGAAGUUGAACAAAGUGGACCCUAUUGGCAAUAUAAAUAUAUUUGACGAAAACCGCAUCAGUGGAAGACCAAGGCACGAGACGUCGGAAACAGCACAUGUUAAUCGAGUAAAAAGAGACGGAUUCGCUGAACUAUCGAGUCUUGUGGAACGUCAAGAUGCUUGCUCUUUUUGCGAGCAACAGAAAAGUUUUACUCCCAUCUCGAGUAACAGAUAUUACAGCGUUUAUAUGGACAAAAAGAGGUAUUUGUGCGAGUUGUGCGCACCAUUAUAUUGUAAAAAGGUAAUGACGAAAAUACAGUUUACGCGAAUAUGCUUAUAUGUCGAAAAAAAUAGAAAUUAUUCUGGGAUUAAAAAAUAAAUUUUGUGCAAAUUGCACAGGAUUCAUCAGCAAAA